GGCAUCAAUUGGAUAAGAUGUCACUGGAAGCUGUGGCAAAAUUGCAUCAAGAAUAUCGUGAUGCUUUGGUCCGCUUUAAGAAGGAAAACAAGCAAACCUCACCGAAUUCAGAUGAAAAAAAAUACUUGAAACAGCUAGAAGACAAAAUUGCACAAAGCUCGUUCGGCUUAGAACACAUCACUAGAGAACUCCCCCAGUUAUACCAACUUGAGAAUACCGAAUUCGACUAUGCAGGAGCUGCUGCGGAAAUCUUACUAUCAGGGCUACCUCUUGAGUUACUCGAUGGUGAUUCAUCGUACAUGCCAUUGCGUUGGUUUAACGCUGUGUAUAGUAAGUUAGUGCAAAAAACGAACGACGCCAAAAUAUUUGUUAUUUCCGUCUUAGGAAUCCAAAGUUCCGGCAAGUCCACGCUUUUGAACACAAUGUUCGGUUUAGAGCUUCCAGUCAGUGCAGGGAGGUGUACUCGAAGCGCAUUUGCUAGCCUUAUUCCAGUUAGUGAUUCCCUUAAGGCUGCCUCAAAGUUUAAUUACCUUUUGAUCAUUGAUACUGAAGGUCUUAAAGGAUCCGGUGAUCAUCAGUUGCGAGAGCACGACAAUGAGUUGGCUACUUUUGCAAUCGGUGUGGCAGAUUUAACCAUAGUGAAUAUAUUCGGAGAAAAUCAGAAUGACAUGAAGCAAUUCUUAGAAAUAGCCGUUCACGCUUUCUUGAAGAUGAGGCUUGCUAGCAAGAAGAAAACUUGCAAAAUUGUUCAUCAAAAUGUUGCGGCUACGGAUGCGACAGAUAAAUUGGUCGUUGAUCGUUCAAACCUGAAACUCGAUCUUGAUAGAAUGACGAAGAUUGCUGCUAUUCAAGAAACUUGUGAACACGAAUUUGAAAAGCUAGAUGAUGUGAUUUCAUUCAAUGAAAACGAAGACGUAUUCUACAUUCCAAAUCUUCUCAAAGGAAGUCCACCAAUGGCUCCAGUUAACCCAGAAUAUGGAAGAGCUGUUCAAAGAAUGAAAGAUAGUAUCAUAAGCUAUAUGUGUUCCAAGGAGAUAUUUCGACAUUCCUUUUCUCAGUUUCGUGAUAGAGUCUGCGCUUUGUGGAAAGCCAUGCUAAAGGAGAACUUUAUAUUUAGUUUUCGAAAUAUAAUGGAAGUGAAAGCUUUUACCUCUUUGGACCGAAAGUACUUUCAGGAGUUCGUAAAGUUGAUGGUGAUAGGCAUGACAGACCUUGAAAGAAAAAUUGAGACAGCUUUGAAAAGAUGUUCUACCCGUGAAGAUCGCAUCAAAGAAUGGAGCGAGAGUAAGCAACAGAUACCUCGUGAAGCAGAAGAUAUUGGAGUAAAAAUGAAAGAAGUAAUGGAAAACUUCAUUGACAACAGUGAAGACAAGGCAAUUCUUGAGCAGUGGAGAGAAUAUAUCAUAAAUAAAAUCAACCAACAUAAAGAAAUGCAAGCGAUGGAGAUCAGCAAGAAUUGUACUUCGGCGUUUAAUUAUCUACAAAAUCGUCAGGACGCCGCUGAGGAGGAGCGAAUCUACAAAGAAAAACUCAUUCGGAAUGCUAGAAAGUUUAUAACUUCAGCUCGUGAUACCGAAGAUUCAGAGAAAUGCAAAGCAGCGUUCGACAAAGAAUGGCAGCAGUGGAUUGUAUGUGUCCCACAAUUCCAGGAAAGGCAAACUGACAUCGAGAACGAAAUGUUGAGGGUUCUUUGCGACACCGAUGCUCAUCUACAUAGUGAGAUGAAUGAAAAAUUGAGAAUGAAAAAUUCGUCUGUAGUAGCCUUCAAAGAACCUGUUCCUAUGAUUGACGUUGGUCAAAUUUACGAUAGCAAUCGAAGCAAAGUUGACCAAGAUCAACAUGCAAUUAUUUCUUCCGCACGAAGUAUCCGGGAUAAAGCAAUUGAUGAGGCGUUAAAAUUUGUGAGGGCUACAUCACGAGCAGGAGUUAGGUGUACCCGCAAUGAUCUCACACAAUUGUACCACAAGGUUGUUACCACUAUUGAAGAAGAAAGUAAGUUUUAUUCCCUUAGAUUUUUUAAUGGUUUGAGAUGUGACAUCUUGCUCUAUAUUUUUGGCAGCACCUAUGAAAUGUUUGCCCAGAUGGAAGAACGUUAUCUGGAAGAACGAGAUAUUCGAGGGAACCUUGAAAGAACCCUGCGACCAAAAUUGGAAGCUCAUUUUCUCAAUCUGUGCAAAAAGAUGAGAAAGGAAGUCCUGGCUGCAACUUCAUUCGUUGAUGUGCUCAAGAAUCCAAUUCAGGUAGAAAUUAACAAGAGUAUGGGCCCAGCAGUGGCAAAAGAAGUAUUGAAAAAGAGUAUGUUUCAAAGCAAAGGUCAAUUCCAUGCCAAUGUUCUCAUUCAACUUGGUGAGGAGGGUAAGCUUGAACCGUAUAUUCCUUACCUUAGUGAUCCGGUGAAUUUUCUUAAGAAGAAACUGCGACAAUCUAUUCAAAACUAUUGCCUGAAUAAAGGUAACGUCUCAAUUAACCUUCUUCUCAAAAUCUUGUGGAAAAGUUUAAAACUCCUAUAUGCGAAGCCAUUUCAAAAGCCAACAAAGAAACGAAAACCAGAGGUGGGAACCUGAAAUCUUGGAUCCAGAUAUUUGUG